UUCGUUUGAUGAGUUGUGUCCUAGCGCCAUCUCCAUAUUUUUUUCAAAGACCCCUUUGGAUACAGCCCGGCAGGGAAAGGGUUAAGGAGCGGGUGGUCCAGAUGCCUCCUCUCCUGCUCGCUAUGACGAACAAAUGAACUCCCGGGGAAUGAAAUUUAAAUUCCACAAAGGAGAAAAAGUCCUCUGUUUCGAACCUGACCCUACGAAAGCUAAAGUACUCUAUGAUGCAAAGGUCGUCGAUGUUGUAAUUGGCAAAGAUGAACGUGGAAAGCGAGUCCCAGAAUACCUGAUUCACUUCAAUGGUUGGAACAGAAGUUGGGAUCGAUUGGCAGCAGAGGACCAUGUGCUCAGGGAAACUGACGAAAAUCGCAAAUUACAACGUAAACUGGCUCGUAAAGCUGUGGCUCGCAUGAGGAGAAAGGGAUGGGGGAAGAGACGUCGUCGUCUACCCGGUGUUGAGUCCGCUCUGAAGACACUUCCUGAAGAGAAGGAAGAGAGUGAUGACGCAUGUUUGAUUACGUCUUCAGACAACAGUGACGAGGAUGAUUCCGAGGAUCCUGAAUCUUUGAAAAGUGAGGAGAGUGACUCUUCCGAAGAUUUGGACAAAAUGCAAGAAGAGCAGGAAGCUCACGCUAAGAUGGAGAGUGAGGACAAGACCAUCAACAUAGACAUCCCUGAGGUUCUCAAGAAGAAACUGGAGGAUGACUGCUACUACAUCAACAAGAGGAAGAAGUUGGUGAAGCUUCCGUGCCAGAUGAACAUAUUGAACAUCUUGGAAUCAUACGUGAAGCACUUUGCCUUCAACGCAGCCUUUUCUGCAAAUGAGAGGUACAGAAGUCACCAGAGCACCGCCCAGACCAGCCUCAGUCCUCACUAUGUUCCUCCAGAGAAGAAUGAGGAGCUUUGCAAAGAGAUGGUGGACGGCCUGAGAAUCACCUUCGAUUUCACCCUUCCUAUGAUCCUCCUGUACCCCAACGAGCACGCUCAGUUCAAGAAAGUCAGCUCCUCAAAGUUCUUCCUGCCUAUCAGGGACAACACAGCCAGCUCCAGCAAGACCCUGCGUGAGCGCACCCCCAGCCCCUCUGGCCACAACCCCUCCACCCCCCAGUCCACGGACAGCCAACCGGCCCUGAGCGAGGCCUCCACAACCACGGCAAACCCCACCACCACGCCCAAACGCCGGCGCUGUGCCUCCACGGCCGACCCCGACGCCCCCCAGUCCCUGCGGCGCUCCACACGUCACACCUCGGGGGGCGAGAGGAUGGCGGGCGAGGGGGGCAGCGGCAGCGCUACGACCUCGCCCCAGCCCAAACGCCGCCUCGCCAGCCUCGACACGCCUGCCCAGCUGCCCAAGUUCUUCCUCAAUCUGGAGAAGAAAACCCCUGUCCAUAGUGGUUCGUCUUCUCCGUUGCCCCAGACGCCCAGCAAGGAGGGCAGCGGCGUCUUCUCUGGCCUGGAGAGCCGACGGAACAACGAGCUCAAUGAGGUCCUGAGCUGGAAGCUGACCCCUGAUAACUACCCCCAGAGUGACCAGCCUCCCCCACCCUCCUACCUGUAUGGCUCACAGCACCUCCUACGCCUCUUCGUGAAGCUGCCAGAGAUCCUGGGGAAGAUGCAAAUCCCAGAGAAGAACCUAAGGGCCCUGGUCAAACACCUGGAGCUCUUCCUCAGGUUUUUGGCUGAGUUCCAUGAGGACUUUUUUCCGGAGUCAGCGUACGUGUCGUCAUCGGAGGCCCACUACUGCAUGAAGCACCCGCGGGCCGUUUACUGAGGCCGUUUAUCUCGCCAUGCCUCGCCCUGAACUGCACUGCUGGGAGGGGAGCUCCAAGCUGCUUCCCAAACCAUCCCUUUCUUUCACUUCUUCUCUGAGACAGUGCCAUUAUCCCUCUCUCUGUUCACCCCUUGCCCUCCUAAAUCCAACCCAUGCAUCUAUGUUGUUUUGCCUGUCGGAAAGAAGUAAGGCAAGGGUCUUGGCUUCUGAUCGGCCCAGUAACUCACUCUCCCCAGCCCCCAACCUAGCCUGGCCUAGGAACAGACCCCCCUGGAUGCAAUGAUUACCUAAAGCAUGGACGUCUACUUGUUAUCCUAGGCUGUAGAUCGUAACCCCCUGGUGGGGUCUUUCCCACGAUGCUGACUUUGUCUUGCUUUCUCUCGCUCUGUGCUCAAGGACCACGUUUGGCCAUCUCUCGUUCUCUAGCAGCAUCUGCGGCCGAUCCUUCUCUCUCCGUCCGCCUAGACAAGCAAACACAGGGAGAAGGCCUAUUUGAUACGUUGGCUUUGUGUGACUAUUGGCUUCUCCUCAGCUCACCACGCUUGUUGCCCCAAGCCACGCUUCAGUGUGUGUUAAGUUAUUUCUAAACUCUUGUAGAAUGUCAUUACUCUAGUAAUGUCUACUAUCUGUGUUCCUCUUGCUUAGAGGGGCUGGUGACGUUAUGACCACUGUGUGUUCAUAUUAAUAUUUGUCAUGGCAUUACCCCUAAUGUUUGAAAAAGGUAUUGAAUUUCAUUGAUGUAUAAAUUCCUUAUUCUGUGUUUGUUUUUUAGUUUUUUAUACACUGUUAACUUGUAGACCCGAACAGGAACACACUGUGGAGGUGUAAAUGUAAAAAUAGAAACUUUCAGUUUGUUUUCCAUUAGUCUUAUCUGAAAUAAAAGUGGGAGCAAUA